AUGAAGACUUCAAUUGCACUUUUCGCAGCUGCUCUUGCCAGCACUGCUUCGGCACAUACCAUUUUCCAGGAGUUAUAUGUCAACGGCGUUUCAGCUGGCCACACCACCGGAAUCCGUGUCCCCACUUACGACGGGCCAAUCAGUGAUGUGACUUCCAACGACAUUAUCUGCAACGGUGGAAUCAACCCUUACCGUACCCCUCUCCCCACCGAUAUCAUCACUGUCCCCGCCGGUGCAACGGUCACCACCGAAUGGCACCACACCCUCGCCGGCGCCGACGCCACUGACUCAGAUGACCCGAUCUCAGCCGGCCAUCUCGGGCCCGUCAUGGUCUACCUUGCAAAGGUUGACUCUGCGCUCACCACUACCGUUACAGGCCUUAAAUGGUUCAAAAUCUACGAGGACGGCCUCGACUCCUCCGGUGUCUGGGCGGUGACCCGUCUUGUCAACAACAAGGGGAAGGUCAAUAUCCCGAUCCCGUCGUGUAUCCCAUCCGGAAACUACCUUCUCCGUGCGGAGCUCAUCGCCCUCCACGGCGCUAGCUCGUACCCCGGUGCGCAGUUCUACAUGGAGUGUGCGCAGAUCAAUGUUACUGGUGGCGGCUCUGCUAGCCCGGCCACUGUGUCGUUCCCCGGAGCCUACGCUGGCUCCGACCCGGGAAUCACAAUCAACAUCUACUGGCCAGUUGUUACCAGCUACACCAUUCCUGGUCCUCGUCCUUUCACUUGUUAA